AUGUCUGUAUGUUUGUACGUAAAUACUCAGAGUGGGACAGAAAUGAUGACCACAACUCAAAGUGUGACAGAAUUGAUGACCACAACUCAAAGUGUGACAGAAUUGAUGACCACAACUUUAAAGGCUUUUGUGGACCGCAGACCAGGUUAUCACAAACAUGACAGAUCCCGGAGGGCUUCUGACCAUUACAGAAAACCACGAGAAAUCAGGAAAGGAUUUCGCGAAGGUCGCCUUCUUUAUCACGCCUCAGAAGAAGCUCAUGAUCCUCGUAAAAUGUUGCUAUUUCAUAACCGACCAAGUGAACCUUUGCACGACUUGUAUAGAAAAGGUUUCUCCUACUUACACGUUCCCGAUUUCCAUCGGCAACCGGUUGAAGAGCGCAUACCAAGAAGAGAUGGGGGCAACCAGUCCAUUGAUGACAUCAUUAGUGGCAUUAUCCACCUGCUAGGUGGUGAUGUGCAAGUCACAAGGCCGGAAUCUAGGCCAUCAUCUGUCGUAUUUCCCUCGUCUCCUAAACCUGCGAGGAUUAAUGAUAGGGGACCGGCCCAUUUCGAUUCAUAUUCCAAUCGUAGGGUGCCAUCUCCAAGCACGUCAAUCUCUUCAGAGAUUUUACCCAGUAGCACAUCUGUGAUAGAUAGUGGGGAUGGUGCAUCCACCACAAAUCGUUGGGUUUUUCCUGACGAUACGGACGUCAGUUUGAUUUUAGGCUUAAUAAAUCGAACUCAGUCAGACAGUGGGGGUUCUACAUCUUCGGCGAAUGCCACAACUUCAAGAAUUUCAUCGACGUUCAUUGGUGGAGGUAGCAAUGUUUCCUCGGGACAUAUAGAAGUAGUCGAAAUCAUUCCCAGCAGGGAAUCUGGAGGUCACUACACAUUGCCCUCAACUUCUUCACAAGACGAGAUUAUAGGAUCAUCAACACAUAGUAGUAUCCAAAUAAUGCCUACUGAAGUGUUGACAGAACUAGAUAAAAAUGGCCACACAUUUAUAGAAACUGUGGUAACAGCUGAAUUAAUUAAUGCUACUGGAACGCAAUCAUCAAAGAGCGAAGAAACUGAAAAAGUGACUAAAAGUUUUAUAACAGAAACUUCUGUUUUACCCUCUAUGAGCGGCAUUAUAGUUUCAAGUACUUCAAGUACGAAUAUAUUUCCUAUAGUAUCAUCUGACUCAGCUACUGAGUGGUUACCUAUUUUAAAACCACCGGAAAGAGGUCCCAACGCUACAGCGAUUUAUUCUCCUCAUCCAGAAGAGCCAGUAAUCAUAACUCAUCAACCAGACAGCUUCGAAAUUACAGUUAGUCGUCAAAUGUACAGUAAUCAAUCUGAAACUAAAGUUGUGCCUACUUUUACCAGCUUACAGACACCAGCUGAUGUUACAUCAUCUACUGAUAUUUCCGUUUCCAUUGUUGCUACUCAAGUAGAUGUCAUAUAUGGCAGACCGACAAUGUCUUCACUUCCACCUCCACCUCCUACUGGAAGACCUCAAGUAUAUCCUGUAGACAUAGCUGAGAUUAGGCCAUCUCCCAGACCAAAUAUUUACCAGCGACCGAGGCCUCCCGAUCUAGGACCACAAAAAUAUCCAAACGGACUACGACCUUUACCGAUUCCGAGACCAGGGGCUGGAUCAAUUAUGAGAAAACCUCCACAAGUGUACAGACCUCCUCCUCAGGUGCCUGAAAUUAGAAUCGAUACUUGUGUUGUGGGUGACGACUCUACCUGUGAUAUGCAACUAAAAGAGCACUGCCGGACAGAGCGAGGAGUUAGCUCUUGUUUGUGUCGUCCAGGAUAUGGAAGGGUGCUGGAAAGAAGUUUAUGCUCUCCUGUCGUUUCGAUGCUGCUAACUCUGAAGGUUGCAAAACUCGGAGAUAAAAACAUUGAUCCUUCCCAUUUUGUGCCUGGGACACCGGAAUUCCAGAGGCUCAAUUACGAAGCUAGUCAUGCGGUUUCAACUAUAUUUACAUAUAGUCCUCUUGCCGAAGCUUACCGAGGUGCUAUGGUCAACCGUAUUUAUUCAAUUGCUAACAGGAUGGUUAUCAACAGUACCGUCCAUUUGGCAGAGUCAGAGAUUAGGGGCUCGCUGAGGCACCAUGUUGAACAUGCUGUCGCAUCUGCCAUCAAUAGAAGAGAUAACCGUCUUGGCACCAGUCAGUUGUACGUUAAUGGACCACUUAGUGCUCUUGUUGAAGUUGAAGAUGUGAAUGAGUGUGGAGACAAUAAUCUGAACGACUGUUCGGAGCAUGCUGUUUGUGAUAACCUCUUCGGUACUUUCCAAUGCAAAUGCAAGCCUGGAUAUACAGAUAAAUUUGAAGGGGAUCCCAGAAACGCUGGUCGAAUCUGCUCUGCUUGCUCGCCGGAUUACUGCAAUGGCAAAGGUCAGUGUGUGGUUGUACAAGGAAGACAAGAGUGCAGAUGUAGGGGAAAUUACGGAGGAUCAAGAUGUCAAGUAGACAAUGAAGUGAUUGGUGUUUCGGUUGGAGUGUCCGUCAUCGCUAUCAUCGUGAUUGCAAUCACAGCUGCCUGCCUGUAUUUAUGGAACCGGCGCUGGAAGCGAGCUCAUCAGAAGUCGGAAGCAUCCAAAAACACCGCUUACAGACUGCAGACAAUGGCUGAUCACGUCAGAUGGGGAACAACUACUGGGCUCAGCAGUACAUAUGUGCCGUCUGAAUCGACUUUACAAUUGGCGCCACCACAAAUAACAUCCUCCGCCAGCCAGCUGUAUGCGAUACCAACAAUGCAAGCAUCAAGGCAUCAACAAAGAAACCAAAUGUAUGAUGAUGACGCGAAUCCCUACGGUCGAAUAAUUAGAACAUUACAAAAGCACAACAGUCUGAAUCAUUCCGGAGGACUGCACUAUGAUACUCUCAACUCUGAAUGCGCUUCUUCAGACGACAUUGGAUUUCCAUCCGUACCCAGCAAUUCUUUUGUUUAUCAUGGUUCUUUUCCAGACAGAUCCAUUUAUAGAUAACCAGACAUUUACUGGAAUAUAUACCUUCUGGAUAUCUCCUUUAUUUUAAAUUAAAACUGCUUCUUUGCUAAUAUAAGGAAAUGGAAAUUUCUUACGAGAAGUUGUUGCAAUUCCAUCCGUCGAGGUUUUCGUCAAGGACACAAGGAAGAUCAAUUAUAUAAAGUCAUUCAACGUCUGGUGUGUGCUUUUGAAUCGAUUUUUCUUUAAGGAUGAAAACACUCAAAAUAUUUCCACGAAAACAAGUUAUUUUUAGAUGCAUACGAAUUUUUUUCAUUAUUUAUUACACUUGAUUUCGAAGAAUAUUUUUUUUUGUUUAAUUUUCAUAGGAAAGAAAACUUCUUAAUCUUCGCCGAUACUUUAAAUGUUUACAAAAGCAUACUUUCAAAAUAUUUCUCGUAUGUUGCUUAUUCCAAAAUGCAUUGCUGAAUAGAGGAAAAAAUCAGAUAUGUUGUUCUUAGCAACAUUUAUUGUUAAAAAUAUCUCUUCUUUUAAUAAUAAUUUAUUUAUUAUUUAUAUUCUUUCUCAUUUUAUAAGCUUUUCAUAGCAAAUAUUUUCAAAUUCUUUAAACAUUUUUUUUUUUUUUUUUCGGAAUCAGGCUGAAAACAUUCCUAUGUAUCGAUUUGUUUUUAUUAUUUUUUUUCCCCUUUAUGUUUAACCAUUGUAUAGUUUUAAGUGAAAAUAUAUGAAAAUUUUAGAAGAUAUGUGUCGGAAUAACGUAUGAAAAUGCAAUAAAUUUUGUAUAUAGUUCAUUAUAAAUAUACGUAUUUUCACUGUUUCCAAAAGUUUGAAUUUUUUAUUGUAUUAAAAAACUGAGAAAUGUAAAUUUCUUCUAAAUGCAUUAUAAGUGCGUAUUUGUAUUACGAAGCGAUCGCCCUCCUUUUUUUUUUUUUUUUUUUUUUUGAAAAAAUAAUUUUGUUAGAAUGUUUUCGCCUUCUGUAAAUAUAAUAAUUGCCUAUAUACGUGCUACAGAGUCACAUUAAAAUUUAAUUAAAUAUUGUUAUAAUCUUCUCUCAAGGAUUACUUGUAAAUGGGUGUUUACCAAUAAACCUGAAAACUUUUCUACAGA